CUUCCUCUGUCGCCGCCGGGCCGUUCCAGUUUCCCAGUGCGGCUUCUGUCCUAAAGCGAAGACGUCCCUCCAAACGCGGCGCCGUGAGCCCUUCGCCCCUCGCCUGGGGUCAGCGUGCGAGGACGGGCGCGGCGGGGAUACUUUACAGCCAACAGCUGGAGCCGGCCCUCGCGUACCGGGCCCUUACUGGCACUUCUGAUCGUCAGAGGGGGCUGGCUUUUGAGCCCUCACUCGGGAGGACCUGAUUCGCAGCUCCAGGGCUGCAGCUACGGAGGACGGGGCUCCCUCGCCCGCAUCUGGGCCCCCGAGUCACGCACUGUGCCGUGAGGUGCGGCAUUGACAAGUCAUCUCUUCCCCACGCACCACUUCCACUCACUUCUGCGUUAAUGGUUCUUACCCUCCUGAGACUUCUCCCCUCCGCCUCCAGAAGUAUUUUCCCCCGGUUCCCUUAAAUAGAGGAGUUCCGUACUUGAGGGUAUCCGGCAGAAAAAUUACUUUUAAGACUGAGCACCCAUUUGAUACCCAAAGCAAGUUCAUACUUACUGGAGAGUUUGGGGGAAAAGUAAGACCCAGAGGAAAUUAUGGCUGAGUAUGGGGCUCACAUCACUGCGUCUGUGGUUGAUGACCAGCCGUCCAUCUUUGAGGUGGUAGCACAGGACAGUUUAAUGACGGCAGUGAGACCUGCUCUUCAGCAUGUGGUCAAGGUUCUUGCAGAAUCAAAUCCUGCCCACUAUGGCUUCUUUUGGAGGUGGUUUGAUGAAAUCUUUACCCUACUAGAUCUUCUGCUCCAGCAGCAUUAUCUGACUAAAACCAGUGCCUCAUUUUCUGAAAAUUUUUAUGGCUUAAAACGGAUUGUGAUGGGGGAUACACACAAGCUUCAGAGACUGGCCAGUGCUGGUCUCCCUAAGCAGCAGCUUUGGAAGUCAAUUAUGUUCCUGGUUCUUCUUCCUUAUCUGAAAGUGAAGCUGGAGAAGCUGGUUUCUAGCCUGAGAGAAGAAGAUGAAUAUUCUAUCCAUCCCCCUUCCUCCCAUUGGAAGCAAUUUUACAGAGCCUUUCUGGCAGCCUACCCAUUUGUUAACAUGGCCUGGGAAGGCUGGUUUCUUGUACAACAACUUCGAUACAUCCUAGGAAAGGCACAACAUCACUCACCACUGCUGAGUCUGGCUGAAGUUCGGCUAGGUCGACUUACAGUUCAGGAUGUACAAGCUCUGGAGCACCAACCAGCUAAAGCCAGCAUGAUGCAGCAACCAGCCAGGAGUGUUAAUGAGAAGAUAAAGUCAGCUCUGAAGAAAGCUGUGGGAGGUAUUGCCUUAUCCCUGUCUACUGGCCUUUCUGUGGGGGUGUUCUUCCUACAGUUCCUUGAGUGGUGGUACUCAUUUGAAAAUCAAGAAACCAUCAAAUCACUGACUGCCCUGCCUACUCCACCACCACCUGUACACCUAGAUUACAAUUCUGAUUCUCCCCUGUUACCCAAAACGAAGACUGUGUGCCCACUGUGUCGUAAAACCCGGGUGAAUGAUACUGUUCUUGCCACCUCUGGCUAUGUAUUCUGUUACAGUUGUGUGUUUAAUUACGUGAGGAGUCACCAAGCUUGUCCCAUCACAGGUUAUCCAACAGAAGUACAACAUCUAAUUAAACUAUACUCCCCUGAGAACUGAAAAUGAUUAGCUUUUUACCUCACAACAAAAUUAGUGCAUUUAAGGCCACAGGGCUGGUUUGCAGCACCGUACUUGGUGUUGUUUGAUACUUUUCAGCCUCAAUUCAUAAUUAUAUGAACUUUAGACAACUAUAUGGACUUCUUUAAAAGGAUAAACCCAUUGAUCUUAACCUUUUAGCCUGCUCUCUAGACCCCUACUUAGAGCUGACCAAGCUGGUUAGAGUAAGGGAAUCAGGAUUGAAAGGGGAUGUGAGGGUCAGUGUAGAGGGAGUGGAUAAAAGAGGAGUUACAGAAAUGCAGCAGAGAGAAUAGUCCAUAGUUCUGCAACAUCUUUCUACACAAUAACUACACUAGUUGGGGUGAGCAAUUUAAAAAAGACAGUAUAGAAGCUUUUCCUUAAAGAACAAGAGGUACAGAAGUUUUCAGGAAAAACCCGUUAGUCCUCAAAAAGUGGGUGGUGAAGGGGAACCAAGCCUUUUCUUUAGAAAAGAAAGUCUAUGAAUAAGAGGUUUAUGUACAUGCAGAAGAGGUUUUAUCCAUUUGCAAAGAAUGUGAAACAUGGGCUCUUUACAGAAAUUCUUGAAAACACUUUAGAAAAACGGCACCUUCUAUAUCCUGUGACUCAUUUGUUAAGUAACAUCUGCUGUAGUUUAUCAACGUUUGAAAAUUUCUUUGUGAGCCAUAUCUAUCUUUCUUGGAAAACUGGUUAAAGGAAGAGGGGAUGAGUGUAUAUAAAGAGUACUGUGAAGAUUUCAGUGUGCAAGCAAAGCUAAUAAGCAAUGAAUAGAUGAAAUAAAAUAUGGGUCUAACUUGGACUGUA